AUGUUCAGCCGUGUAGUCGGAUCGUCACUCUUAAGGAUUUCGAUUAAGACGGGUUCGUGGGAACAUCGGCCAACAGCAUUUGGCUUUGAACAUCUAGCCGUGAUGAAUGACGUCACGUUACUAUGCUUAGCAUACAUAAAUCUGCGGAAGCAAUCCUCUCUGCUUUCUGUGUUGGGUGUCACUUCGAUGCAAGAGAUGCUAUUGACGAUCGACAGCCUCGACACCUUAUCGGACGCCAUGCGCAAGGCUGGGCUUGAAAACACAAACAUGAUAUUCGCUUACUGUAAGCCUGUUGACAAUGACGAUAAUGAACUUCUAGGCAUUGAUUACACCGCCAGUAAUAAGUAUCAAGGCGAAGAUUCAUUUGGCGGACGCUCUCUUCAUACAAUACAUCCAAACGUGAAAAAUCCCUAUCAGCAGGUGAGUUACGACAGAAUACUCGAUUUUACAUGGAUUUAUCAUGCAUAUCGCAGGGUACAAAGAAAAUUGUUUGCUUAAGU